CGGUCAUCAUUAACACUACUCUUCUUCUUCAACCCCUUCUUCCCCCCUAUCAACACAUCACAAUGGACGGUCUUUCUGGUUCCGAGCAGCGCGAGCUCGCGUCUCGCAUGGAGCGCAAGCAGAUGAAGGAAUUCAUGACGGUAUGUCAUCCAUAACACCUCGAUCGAACGGACCUACCUGCCUCGAUUGGGGAUCGUCUACGAAACAAGGAGACCAAAAAAGAAUACGAGAAGAAGAUCAAGAAACAAAAGGGGCAUCCCUCAACGACAGGUCUCCUUGUCCCGUCGUCGUCAUGAACCCAUCCAUCCACGAACCCCAUCCCGAUCCACACCGCAUUGCCUCCAACCUCCACCACUGACCAUUUUGCCAUCAGAUGUACUCCAAGCUCGUCCAGCGCUGCUUCGACGACUGCGUCAACGACUUCACAACCAAGUCCCUCAUCAACCGCGAGGAGGGCUGCGUGAUGCGCUGCGUCGACAAGUACCUGAAGAGCUCGCAGCGCCUGAAUGAGCGCUUCCAGGAACAGAAUGCGGCCAUGAUGCAAGGGGGUGGAAAAUAAGUGGCUUCCUGCCACUGGUUUCCUGUUUGGGUUCUGUGCUAUAUUUUCGGGUUGGGACCGGUUCUCAUGUGUACACUAUAGAUUUGAUUUGAAUGAGACUCUCCUGUACUGUCUGACGCUGUCUAUCUCGCGUUUGUCUUUGUUUUUCUGCCGUGAUGGUUUGGACGAUGUGUUGGAUUGGGGUUGGAAAAUAUGUAAUACGUGCGGAUAUGUAAUAUGAGUGGGCGUUGGGUCACGUCUGGGAGUGACGUGGUCUGUAUAGUAGCUAUUAGCUAUCGUAGUAAUGAGCUAUUGAGAAAUAUCUGUUGGUGUGUUCAUAUUUGAAAGCGCACUACUAUCCCCUCUUCAUACCCUCUAUUCAAUAUCAAUCAUACCCUCUAUUCAAUACCAAGCAGGUCAUGACAGAUGGCAGCAAUAGCAAUGGCAGACCGCCCUGGGACAUCACCUCGGAUAUGAACGAUGAUAAAUUCCACAAUAACCAAUUAUC